GCAAAAACGUCAUGUUCACGGGUGUUUAAUAAGUUUUCGACUAGCUACGUAAAACGUGCGCAAAACUUAAGCUAUAAUAGUGAAAAGUGCUAAAAACCUUAACGGAAGUUCCGCUCUUUUUAGGAGAAAGUGGUUAUAAUAAGUAAAACUGCUAACGGCAAAUUACUACAGUUUGUUAUAAUUGUACCGAUAAGUCGCUGCUAAAUCAAUAAACAAGGCGGAAAAUCCAUAAAUUCAAACAAUUUGUAAGACCCCAAAAAUUAUCAGAAACAUAUGUAACUGCAAACGUAUUUAGUCUUAAAAAGCUAAAUGUGAAAUGUAAACGGUAAAUCCACUCAUUUUAGGAGAUACAAAUAAAGUUGAUUGGUAAAACAAAUCAAAUCGGAAAUGGCUUGGCUAUAACGCCCUGCCAAAUCAAUAAAGCCUUAAUUUAAACACUCCGUGCUACACAAAAACAGUCACGGACAUAACUGUAAACGCAUUCAGUGUUGAAAAGCCAAAAAGCCGGCCAACGGUUCAAAAAGCCGGAGAAUAGAAGCCAAGCCUCUGCUCUUCUCGUGUUGUUAUUGUCGAAACGGGGUCAAAAGUUCGUGUCUCACUCGCUAAUUCAACCACACCAAAAAACCCACACACAUUCGGUUCCUCAAGUGCAAGCGAAGACACUACGUCGCCCGUCUGGCUGAAAAGCAUGAAAAAAGCAUAAGAAAAGCAGAAGAAAAGCAGACAAAAGCAUUAGACAAGUGCCAAGUAACUCAAAACUGCAGCCGGAGAGGAGGCUUAGGCCUACGAAACACACGGAAAACCCAACACCGAACCGAGAGACAACACCAAAUACUAGACAAACUAGGCCAAUUCGCGUGGAUGCGGGGAAAACGCUGCAAAAGUGCUCUGGAAACGUAGAGAAAUAAAAUAAAAUAAAAAUAAAACAAUAGCAGCUGAGCUCCCUGGCCAUUUGUCAAUGACUGGGCCACUCGCGUGACUGCCGAUUCUUGGGGAAAGUGGAAUAACUCUAGCCGAAACAGACUCCGACACAGGGACUACUUCCGAAAUUUACGGCCACAUUUCGUGUACGACGGCAUAAAACAGAAGCGGCAAAUAGAAGAGCCAAACGGCGGCUAAGUUGCCUUUGUCUGCCUGCGGGGGAGGUGGAGAGAAAGGAGGAGGAGGAGUUGGAGUUGGCCAAUUGCCAGGCCAAGUUAAUAGAGAGCCGGGAGGCUCGAUAAUGACGUUGCUGCUGCAGGAGCUGUUGCCGCCCAUGCUGAUGAUGAGGCUGCUAACUUGGUUAUUGCUGCCAGCCUAGAGACACAGGACGAAGACUAGGAGCCACCAUCCAGCAUUCAGCAUCCCACAGACAGGCAACAAAAACAAGGUCUGAGGCUGCUACGCGGGGGCUUACUGCAUUUCCGCAUCUUGUUCCUGUCGCCGCCAUUUCCACCAUGCCCGGAGUCACCAUGCCCAGUGCCCAACCACUCCGGCUCUGCGUGGCCUGGCUGCUGCUUCUCGUCGUGAUUGUGAUGAGCGACAUGACUAACGGCGGUGUGCAGGGACCCAUCGAGGGCUACAACUCGCUGGACGACCUGCUGUCAACCACUCCGACUCCUGGCCAGGCCGCCUUGCUCCUGCCCACCGCCCCCACCGCCGCCUACACGCAUCCCAAAUGGAUGGAGCCCUACUUCGAUCCCUCGACACCGCGCAAUGUCACCGCCCUCAUGGGCAAGUCCGCCUAUCUCAGCUGCCGUGUGCGCAAUUUGGCCAACAAAACGGUGUCCUGGAUCCGGCACCGCGACAUCCACAUACUGACGGUCGGCUCGUACACCUACACGUCCGACCAGCGGUUCCAGGCGACCCACCACCAGGACACGGAGGACUGGACCCUGCAGAUAAAGUGGGCCCAGAAACGGGACGCUGGGAUGUACGAGUGCCAGAUAUCCACGCAGCCGGUGCGCAGCUAUUUCGUCCGGUUGAAUGUUGUCGUGCCAACGGCCACCAUCCUGGGAGGUCCUGACCUUCACGUGGAUAAAGGCAGCACCAUAAAUCUCACUUGCACUGUAAAGUUCAGCCCCGAACCUCCGGCCUACAUCUUCUGGUAUCAUCACGAGGAGGUCAUUAAUUAUGAUUCAUCAAGAGGCGGCGUGUCGGUAAUUACCGAAAAGGGCGAUGUGACAACCUCAUUUCUGCUCAUACAGAAUGCAGAUCUGGCCGAUUCGGGCAAAUACUCCUGUGCGCCCUCCAAUGCAGAUGUGGCCAGUGUGCGUGUCCAUGUCCUAAAUGUUCGGGCCAUAAUUUCAGGUGAACAUCCGGAGGCAAUGCAAACUGGUUCAUCCGGUUGUCAGUACAAUUGGCUGACAAUCGUCCUGCUGCUGGGCCUUGUCCUUUGCUACAGUCAACGGUGCUGCUCCACACUGCCGGCAUCAUUAACGUCGCCAUCGCCAUUACCAUCACCAUCAUCAUUGCCGGCGGCUGCAACGGGAGAAAGUGCAUCCAGUGAAAGUGUGGCAGCCGCAACAGCAACAAAAACAGCAGCAGCAGCAGCAGUAACAACAACAACAGCCACGAGGAAGCGGUGUCCUGCGGUGAAAAGCUGUCGCCAGACCGCCAGUAAUGUCCUGGCCAAAAGGUCCUGUCACAGAUGAUCGAAUGAAGGCCACAACAGCCCCAAACUAAAUAGAGUAAUUUAAAGAGCCACAUGAAAUGUGUGCGAGUGAGUGUUUGGUUAAGUAUCUCUGAGUGUGUGAAUGAUCGUUUGAGUGUUUGCUAUUCAGCCGUUUAGUGUGUCAGUUUUAAACUUGUACUCAAAACCAAAUAAAAACCACAAUGCAAAGCAAUGGCGCAGCAGUGGAUUUAAUUUAAUCAAAUCAAACUUCAUUUUCUGAAUGAUUUUCCUGCACAAUAAAAUAAAUAUCAAAGUUUUCUUGAUCUUAAAUCGAUUCUCUUAAUCUGAUUUAAAAUUUUCAAUAUAUACAUAUUUCAUUCAAAUUGUUCAAUAAUUUCUUAUUUGCUUUUUCAAAAAAAAGGUUAUAAUUAAAUAAUCAAAUUAUGCUUUAAUAUAUCUCAAUAAUACUUUAAAGUACAUAUAAAGUACAAUAUUAUCAUGUUUUUA